ACUACAGGAGUGUUCUAACCGAGUGGAAAAACUCAUANCAGGCUGUCUUAGCUGCUAAAUGCAUUGAACAGGAAGAAUGUGCUGAAGGCACUUGUUGCGCUGGAGUUCCACCUUUUGGGGGAGUUUGCUUACCUAUGACACCAGAAGGUGGAAAAUGCCACGUAGUUGAUAAAACAGUUCCCAUCUUCGGAGAUUUCUAUGUUGGUAGUACCUGCCCAUGUGAAGAAGGAUUAGUAUGUGUACAACAGGGAGAGAAGAAGAACUCAGGUGUAUGCCAACCUCCUCCAACUACUCCAGCUCCUGAACUGCCCUCCACUGCACAGCCUGAAACCCUUCCUCCUAAGCCAGAACCAACAGAAUCUGAUUCAGAAGAAUCAAAGAGCUCAGAAUCAGUCUCUGAAGAGUCAAAAAUUUCAGAAGAAUCAAAAGGAUCAGAAGAAUCUAAGGGUUCAGAAGAAUCUAAAGUUUCUGAGGAAUCAAAGAUCUCUGAAGAAUCUAAAGUUUCUGAGGAAUCAAAGGUCUCUGAAGAAUCUAAAGUUUCUGAGGAAUCAAAGGUCUCUGAAGAAUCAAAAGGAUCAGAAGAAUCUAAAGUUUCUGAAGAAUCUAAAGUUUCAGAGGAAUCAAAGGGCUCUGAAGAAUCCAAAGUAUCUGAGGAAGUAGUUCCAGAAGAAUCUAAAGAAUCAGAAGAAAAGAAAGUAUCUGAUGAAGUAGUUUCAGAAGAAAAGAAAGUAUCCGAGGAAGUAGUUGAUGAAAAGAAAGUUUCUGAGGAAGUAGUUUCAGAAGAAAAGAAAGAAUCUGAGGAAGUAGUUGAAGAAAAGAAAGAAUCUGAGGAAGUAGUUGAAGAAAAGAAAGUAUCUGAGGAAGUAGUUGAAGAAAAGAAAGUAUCUGAGGAAGUAGUUGAAGAAAAAAAAGUAGAUGAAGAAAAGAAAUCUGAGGAAGUAGUUGAAGAAAAGAAAGUAUCUGAGGAAGUAGUUGAAGAAAAAAAAGAACCUGAGGAAGUAGUUGAAGAAAAGAAAGUAUCUGAGGAAGUAGUUGAAGAAAAGAAAGAAUCUGAGGAAGUAGUCCCAGAAGAAUCCAAAGAAUCUGAAGAAGUAGCUCCAGAUGAAACCAAAACAUCUGAGGAAGUAGUCCAAGAAGAAUAA